AGAAGGUAUGAUGGCCUCAGAACCAUGGCAGCAAGUUUAUGGCAGGCACUCAGGGAAUGAAAUCUACCACAUUCAGCUGCAGAAGAGUGUCUUCUUCAGCCAGUAUGAGGGGGAAACUUUCCCCAGAGCUUCGGCUGAUGCACAUCACAGAUUUGGUGUGGCCUUGUUGGCGGUUCUUGAUUCUGAAGCCUCAUCACCUCGAUUACAGUUGAAUCCAGGACCACAGUAUAAAUUAAAGGGUGCAGAUUUCUGUUUUUACAUGAGUGUGACCAGAGAAGAGUAUUCCAAGAUCAACCCAGAAGCUCUGAAAAGUGUUCCUCGGAAACGUAAUGAAAACUUAGAACAGAUAGCGCUGGCCUUGCAGAAGUACCACAAUGAACAUGAACUCACCGUCACUGCUGAUGACCCGGACGAGAGCGUCUUUGACACCAUCACCAGUCUCAUGGGAAAUAACAUUGCCCGCAUGGCCCGCAAGUUGACAGUGGCCAGCAACACCAGCAGUGGACACAGCAGCGAGGCUGAGGACAAUGUCACUGACUCAAAGAAAGGCAUUGGUCUCAGCAACAACGGGGUGGUCAAUCACAGCAGCUCUGCUCCCUUGUUAAAUGAAGGUGUAAGGGAAAAGGACUUGGGAGGAGGUGGAGAUGAAGGUGAUAAGGAGGAGAAGACAGAGGAUGAGCAGAGUAUGUCUGAUGAUGACAAGCUGGGAGGGGGCCCAGAAAACAUUGACCAUAGGCACGGAGCAGGCCGUGUUUUCCAGUUUUACAAUGACAUGGGGCAGGAAAAGUUGACAACAGGACCGCCACCAGUGACAAUCUUCUCUGGAUCCAGACGCAUAAACUGUCACAUUAUGUCAGAGGCCAGACAACUGUGCUGCUUAGAAUGGGGUCGAAACUGUGAUCACUGCAAGUACAAAAAUGCCAAGGAUGAGAGGUGGCAGCAUCAGCUGAUUAUCCUAGCUGCUGAACAUGCUACUCCAGGCAUCUUCAACUUCAUUGUGCCCUUGAGGUCUUCCUUCAUUGGUGUCAAUGGAUUGAGUCCCUAUUGUUUUAUUGUUGGAGGAACAGUGAGUUUACCAGACCCUGUGUUUCUGGACACUAUAGCUCGGUUUCCACUAGUUUACUACAUGAUGGGAACCAUAAGAAUUGUUGAUGACCUGCUGCUGGCUGGGAUUAACAAAGCCAGCCAUCUUGUGGUGGUCAACAGAGAUUCAGAUUCUGACUAUGGUGGAGAGGAGAUCCUGGCAGAUUCUGAAACUAUUGUUGCUGUACAGACUAUUUUCAAACUAUUCCCCAAUACUUAUGUAGUCACGGAGUUGAGCCAGGCAUCAAACAUGAGGUUCAUGCAGUUUUCUGCUCAGGAUGCCAACAGUCAGAAGGCUUCCCGUCUAGAACAGAAAUUAAAAGAUGUGAUGACGACAAACCUGAACCAUAUAUUCCGUCUGCCAUUUGCCGCUGGCCAGGUGUUCUCUGCUAGCAUGUUGGAUACGCUCUUAUACCAGACAUUUGUAAAAGGGUAUCUGAUCAGCUUUGUGCGUCUGCUGCUGGGAAUUGAUGCUGAAGAGGGCUCUGGCCAUUUAUCAAGUAUACGAGUCAAGCGGAGUACGCUGCACAAAUUUCCAGAGUAUGGUGAGCUCUAUGAAGGGCUGUGCUCUGCUACUGGAGAAAUUCCCUUUGCUAUCUACAGGACUGAAAAAAUACCCAAAACAGCCCAUCAUGAUAGGGAAACAUUCCUUGGAGAAACACUCUCCGACAUUCCAUUGUUAAAAUCCCCCAGAAAG